UAAUAAUGGUUAUAGGUAUUGCAGAACUACUUCACCACUUGAACGCAGCACCACUGCCUACUAUCUACCUCUUCGUCAUAUCGCGAUAGAGACCAUCAGGCCACGGAGCUAACGCUGAGCAACAUGGCGGAAGAGGAGGUGACCAAGCUGCAGAAGCACCUGGCCCUGCUCAGGCAGGAGUAUGUGAAGAUGCAGCAGAAGCUGGCCGACACAGAGAAGCGCUGUGCCAUGCUUGCUGCUCAGGCCUCUGGCCAGGGAUCUUCCAGCCCUGCAGUUGCAGACACCUUCAUUAGCCGUCUGCUGGACAUCGUGGCCGACCUCUAUCAGCAGGAACAGUACAGUGACCUGAAAGUGAAAGUUGCAGGGGAGAAGCUCAGUGCCCAUAAGUUUGUGUUGGCUGCUCGUAGUGAUGUCUGGAGUCUGGCCAACCUGGCCUCCACCUCUGAACUAGACCUAUCUGAUUGCAAACCUGAGGUCGCCAUGGCAAUGUUGCGCUGGGCAUACACCGAUGAGUUGGAACUCUGUGAGGAUGAUGCCUUUCUUAUUGAUUUGAUGAAGCUGGCCAACCGCUUCCAGCUUCAGCUGCUCAGAGAGAGGUGUGAAAAAGGCGUAAUGUCCUCAGUGAAUGUCAGGAACUGCAUUCGCUUCUACCAAACGGCUGAGGAGCUACAUGCCAACACCCUGAUGAACUACUGUGGGGAGAUCAUAGCUAGUCACUGGGACGAUCUGAGGAAAGAAGAUUUCAGCACCAUGAGUGCCCAACUUCUGUACCAGAUGAUCAAGUCUAAAACAGAGUAUCCUCUCCACAAAGCCAUCAAAGUUGAGCGAGAAGAUGUGGUCUUUCUCUAUCUCAUUGAGAUGGACUCGCAGCUACCUGGCAAGCUGAAUGAACUGGACAACAACGGUGACCUGGCACUAGACCUGGCUCUCUCUCGUAAAUUGGAAAGUAUUGCCACCACUCUGGUUAACCACAAAGCCGAUGUGGACAUGGUGGAUCAGAGUGGCUGGAGCCUCCUGCAUAAGGCCAUCCAAAGAGGUGAUGAAUUUGCCUCCAUCUUCCUGAUUCGUCACUCAGCUCAGGCAAAUGCAGCCACAGUGGGGGCGGUGGAAACCCCACUUCACCUGGUCUGUUCUUUUAGCCCCAAGAAACACUCUGCAGAAGUGAUGAGCGGCAUGGCACGAAUUGCGGAGGCUCUGCUAAAGACCGGAGCCAACCCCAACAUGCAGAACAGCAAGGGCAGAACUCCGUUGCAUGAAGCUGUGGCAUCAGGGAAUGAGCCAGUGUUCAACCAGCUACUACAGUGCAAACAGCUUGACCUAGAACUCAAGGACCAUGAGGGCAGCACGGCUCUGUGGCUGGCCCUGCAGUACAUCACCGUGUCUUCAGACCCCUCAGUAAACCCAUUUGAGGAUGAUGCACCAGUAGUGAACGGCACGUCGUUUGACGAGAAUAGCUUUGCAGCCCAGCUUAUCCAGAGAGCAAGCAAUCCUGAUGCGCCUGACACUACCACAGGAAACUGUCUCAUGCAGAGGGCUGCUCGGGCAGACAAUGAGGCAGCUGCUCUUUUCCUAGCCACUCAUGGAGCAAAGGUCAACCAUGUCAACAAAUGGGGUGAGAGCCCGCUUCAUACAGCAUGUCGCUGUGGCCUGGCGAGCCUGACAGCAGAGUUGCUCCAGCAAGGGGCCAACCCCAACCUGCAGACGCAGAAGGCUCUGCCUGAGGACUCCCUUGGUGUGGCUAUGCAGACCCCCCUCCACAUGGCCAUUGCUCACAACCACCCAGAUGUGGUCUCUGUCAUCCUCGAGCAAAAAGCCAAUGCACUUCAUGCCACCAACAACUUCCAGAUCAUUCCAGACUUCAGUCUCAAAGACUCCAUGGACCAGACAGUGCUAGGCUUGGCCCUCUGGACAGGUAUGCACACCAUAGCAGCUCAGCUGCUGGGCUCAGGGGCUUCUAUCAAUGACACUAUGUCCAAUGGACAAACCCUUCUUCACAUGGCUAUCCAAAGACAGGACAGCAAGAGUGCCCUCUUCCUUCUUGAGCAUCAGGCAGACAUCAAUGUUAGGACCCAGGAGGGACAAACAGCACUACAGUUGGCCAUCAGUAACCAGCUGCCACUGGUGGUGGAUGCCAUUUGCACAAGAGGAGCUGAUAUGUCUGUGGUGAAUGACAAAGGGGACCCUCCCUUGUGGCUGGCUCUGGAAAAUGGCCUGGAAGAUAUUGCAUCAACACUGGUCCGCCAUGGCUGUGAUGCGACUUGUUGGAGCACAGGGCCCUCUGGCUGCCAACAGACCCUCCUGCACAGAGCUAUUGAUGAGAAUAAUGAGGUCUCUGCUUGCUUCCUCAUCCGCAGUGGUUGUGACGUGAACAGCCCCAGGCAGCCAGGUCCUAACGGCGAAGGAGACGAAGAAGCCCGAGAUGGACAAACGCCCCUCCACCUGGCGAGCAGCUGGGGAUUGGAGGAGGUGGUGCAGUGCCUUCUAGAGUUUGGUGCGAAUGUUAAUGCACAGGAUGCAGAGGGCAGAGCUCCCAUCCAUGCUGCUAUUAGCAGCCAGCACAACGUCAUUAUACAGCUCCUCAUUUCCCACCCAGACAUCCGUCUCAACAUUCGCGACCGCCAAGGAAUGACCCCCUUCGCCUGUGCCAUGACACACAAGAACAAUAAGGCAGCAGAGGCAAUCCUCAAGAGGGAGCCAGGUGCUGCAGAACAGGUGGACAACAAAGGGCGUAAUUUUCUCCACGUGGCUGUGCAAAAUUCAGACAUUGAAAGUGUCCUGUUCCUCAUCAGUGUCCAAGCUAAUGUCAACUCCAGGGUUCAGGAUGCAGCCAAACUCACCCCUCUCCACCUGGCUGUCCAGGCUGGAUCUGAGAUCAUUGUCCGCAAUCUGCUGCUUGCCGGAGCCAAAGUAAAUGAGCUGACCAAACAUAGGCAGACAGCACUACAUUUGGCUGCUCAGCAGGACCUGGCCACUAUAUGUUCUGUGUUGCUGGAGAAUGGUGUAGACUUUGCUGCUGAGGAUGAGAAUGGCAAUAAUGCUCUGCAUCUGGCUGUGAUGCAGGGCCGCCUUAACAAUGUCAGAACCCUUCUCACAGAGUCCAACAUUGAUGCUGAGGCCUUUAAUCUCAGGGGUCAGUCACCAAUGCAUGUACUAGGCCAUUAUGGGAAAGAGAACGCCGCUGCCAUUUUUGAAUUGUUCCUGGAGUGUAUGCCUGAAUACCCUCUGGACAAACCAGAUAAUGAAGGGAACACGGUUCUGCUCCUGGCCUACAUGAAAGGAAAUGCAAACCUGUGCCGUGCCAUUGUGAGAGCUGGGGCUCGACUGGGCAUCAAUAAUAAUCAGGGCAUCAACAUUUUCAACUACCAAGUUGCAACCAAACAGUUGCUCUUCCGCCUUCUAGAUAUGCUGUCCAAAGAGCCCCCUUGGUGUGAUGGGUCCAACUGCUAUGAAUGUGCUGCCAAGUUUGGUGUUACAACACGGAAACAUCACUGCCGCCACUGUGGGCGCCUGUUGUGCCACAAGUGCUCUAUAAAGGAGAUACCCAUCAUCAAGUUUGAUUUGAACAAGCCGGUGAGGGUGUGUGACAUCUGCUUUGAUGUAUUAACUCUGGGUGGAGUAUCGUAAUGCAGUGGCCUGGAUAUCUUCCACCCUCUGACAGUGGCCAUGCCAGGCCCAACUUGCCACAGUUAUUCAGGCACACCAGGAGAAGGGACAUCAGUCGCAGGACAUACUAACAAGAGAUUCCUGGACAGUUAUGGACCAUCACCGUUAUACUCUUCCAUUCUAUGAAAAACUAUUAAUGUUCUAGGGGGACGUUUCAAAUAGAAAGUGAAACAUUGUCUUUUUGUUUCUGUUUUGAUCAAAGAAUCUUAAAGUGUUUAUAAGCAGCUCUCCAGCUCAGUGAUGGCUGGACUGAGUUUGUUAAUCGGUUUCCCAAGCUCAAUAGUGUUUGUAAUGAUUGGUUCUUAUUAUCACAAGCAGGUAGCUGCUGUAUGUAUGACAUUUCAAUUCAAUGAUGAACAUUACAAUGAUCAAAUCAACUCUGGGGGUUUUCCUGUUCUCUGUUGGGAUAGUUCACCAUCAGCAGCCUUCAUGCUAUGUGACAUGCCCAAAGACAAAAAAAAAAUUAAUGCUACAAAAUGAAUACUUACAUUUAUAUGAGAGCUGAGUAAAACUAUAAAAUGCCCCAAGUCACUAGAUCUACAAAGACUGAACUAUCAGCAUGUUCUCUGUAAUCUUCCACUGUUCUGUCACACCAAUUCUGUAUUGACUGGAUAAAGUGGGACAGACAAGGGGGAUUUAAAGGGAAAGCAACUCAACUUAUUUUUUAAAUGACCAUUAUUUCCAAAUGAGAUCUAAUCUAGCUAGAUUCGGAUUUAUAACACUGACAUUGUAUUACUUUAUUGUUAGAGGUGAAAGAUGGAACAACUGGACAAAAAUGAAAUUACUCAUGAAGUGGGAUUGUUUCUUUCCAUGAUUGGUACAUAAUCUAUCAUGUGCAGGCAUCAGUAGCCAAAUUAAAUGGAAUGCUUACUUUUUAACAUGGCAAGUUGGGAAAAUGUGACCUGAGAAAGCCUAUUUUAACAUGAUGUGGUCCCCAAAACAAAAUUCUCUCAACAAUCCUCAUCCUCAGUUACAGAAAUGUCUAUUAUGCCAAUGCAUGUCAUUUAAUUUGUAGCCUUUACAUGUCAUUGUCAUAAUCAUAAAUCAUAUUUCAGAAUCAGUCACCAAAUGAUUACAUUCCAUUUUUGAUCUGCCAUGAGGAUCCUCAUAGGAAGAUCAUAGGUCCCCACAAUGUUGCCUCAAGUCAAGUUGUCUUAACACAUCGCAUUUAACGCUUCUUGAUUUCUAAGCCUAACAGGUGCACUUUAUCAAGAUCACAUGGCAUUUCCGAUCAUUGGGGAGAAUGUGGAGUAGAGGGACGGCCAAGUAGUGGGGCCUCUUUAAGUAUUGUUAAAUUGUACAGAUAAAUGUGUGAUAUUUUUGACCACUACACCUGUUUUGUACUUUAAUGCAGUUUGUGCUUGUCAUUGUGACAAACCUAAAUCUUGCCUCUGUUAAUCUUUUAUGCACAUUGUUUAAUCUUUUAUGCACAUUAUAUUGUAUCUGUAUGCUCAGAUAUCUAGCCUGUCUCUUCCUGGUGUAUCCUUUUAGAGAAAGGGAGGACAACUUUACAUAAAGGUCAUCAAAAACCAA